AUGUUGGAACAACAGAAAGAAAAAGAAUUAUUUCUAUCCUCUCUCUUUAUUUGUCUCUUUAUUUCUCCCUCCCUCUCUCUCUCUCUCUCUCUCUCUCUUUUUCUCUCUGUGGGUGUGUAUGUGUAUGUCUACGCUCGUGUAAAUGUGAGAUCGGUUAUCUCCCUUAACCUCUCUCUCUGUCUCUCUCUCUGUCUCUCUCUCUCUCUCUACUCUCUCUGGAUGUUCUUUGCUGUUUUUCCAAAUGAUACUUUAAUCCUCGAAUAUAUAUUCUCUUUCUCUUUCUGUAUCUUUCCUUCUCUCUCUCUUUCUCCCUCUCUCUCUUUCUCCCUCUCUCUCUUUCUCUCUUCUCUCUCAUUUUUCUUUCUCUCUGUCUGUCUUUCUCUCUGUCUUUCUCCCUCUCUUUCUUACUAUCUCUCAGUGUUUUUCUCUGUUUUUCUCUCUCUGUCUUUCUCUCUUUCUCACUAUCUCUCUCUGUAUUUUUCUAUCUCUCUGUUUUUCUCUCUCUCUUUCUUGCUUCUCUUUUUCUCUCUCUCUCUGUCUUUUUUCUUUUUAUCUUUCUCUCAGUCUUUCUCCCUCUCUCUGUCUUUCUCUCUCUGGCUUUCUCUCUCUGUCCAUGUUUUUCUCUUUUUCUCUCUCUUUUUCUCUCCUCUGUCUUUCUCUUUCUCACUAUCUUUCUCUCUUUGUCAUUUUCUCCAUCUUUUUCUCUCUCUGUAUUUCUCUCUCUCUCUUUCUCUCACUCAUUGUCUUUCUCUCUCUAUCUUUCUCACUCUGUCUUUCUCUCUUUCUCACUAUCUUUCUCUGUGUUUUCCUCUCUCUUUCUCUGUCCACUCUCUCUUUUUCUCUCCUCUCUGUAUUUUUCUCUCUGUAUUUUUCUCAGUCUUUCUCUCCCUCUCUCUUUCUCACUGUGUCUCUGUGUUUUUCUCUCUCAUUCUUUCACAUCUCUUUUUCUCUCUCUGUGUAUUUUUCUCUGUCUCUCUCUUUAUCUCUGUCUUUCUCUUUCUCUCUCUCUUUCUGUCUGUCUGCCAGUCUGCCUUUCUGCAUUUAUCUCUCUCUCUCUCUCGAGCGUGA